UUUUCGAGCGCGGGACUGUCGAAAUAUCAACAACACUUUUGUUAAACUCUUUCAGCCACUUUUGUAUAUUUUGUCUACAUCCUGCGAUCGCGAUGUGCUCAAAGGUUAUAUCCAGAGCGAAGGAGUUUGUCAGUAUUCUUCGAUCCCUUCAGGAUGCGGAAAGCAGUGAUCCAUAUGCAUACGAGGAAGAUGUCCAAAUAGUGAAGAUGAAUGGAGACAGAAUUCCUGCAGUGAAUGUGUAUUGUGGCAACCAGAAAAUCUUCGUGUGUGAAAAAGCUGUUCCAAAAAUGAGCGAACCAGAUGACGGGCAAAUGACCGAGACAUCAAAUUGUUCUGAUGGUGAUGCUGAUGAGGCUAAUGAUAGUGCCCAUGUUCUUCAAACAGAAAUUGGACCACAGCCACUUACAGUCAUGAAAGCAAGGCAGUUGCUCUCUUGGUAUACAUUAUCUCAAAAUGCUAGCGUGUCAGCUGUGGACACGAACCUUCAGUUAUACCCCCUGUGGGUGCGAUGUGACAUGGCUGAUCCUGCAGGAACAACCUGGUUUGGAGCUGAAACAAUCUGUGUGGGCACUAAAGUUACUGGUGUCAAAUUGUACUCCAUUACCUGCAAAGGUUCUACUGCAGACAAACAAUCCCUCACAACCUUAGAGGAACUGAAACAAGAACAUAAGAAGCGCCAUCAUCCGUCCUCGAUGGGGAUUAAAGGCAGUGCCAGGUUCAACCUGUUUGGUUCCACUGUUGUUGAAAACACCACCAUUGAGUCUCAGAGCAGUGUGACUGUGGAUUUCAAAUGGAGCCAUAUGGAGAGUAUCCUUGAGAUCCCACCUCUGUCCUCCACAGCAACAUUAAAUAUCAAAGUUGCCAGUGGAGACAUGAGAAGUCCAAUGUUUGAGAUGUACAGGGAGCUGGAGUUUCUUAAGACUCUUGCUGAUGGGUUGAGAACUGGUGAGACUGAAUGGAUGGAACCUUUGGAAAGCACAUCAGCUGUAAAUCUGACCAAGGCCUACCUAGAAGAGCUGCAGAGCACUGCAAAAACACUGCAGGAUCAAGCUGCAAGAACACCAGAGAUCUCAAAGCUGAAGUCUGAGACGGAAACUCCCAUUUUCAACUCUUUCUUGGAAAGAGGAGAUUUGGAUUUUGUGGAGCAGCUUUGGGUUCGGAUGAGGAAAAGUGUGACUUCAUAUCAGGACAUUGGAGAUUGCCUGAAGUUGGUAAUUGACGCUCUAAGAUAUGGUGACAUCAAACCCUGGAUUCACAGAGACAGCAGCAGUUCCCUCAGCAAGCUCAUCCUGCAGUCCUACCACCAACAGAUCGAGCAUGUGUCUCUUACAGGUGUCACGCCUGUCAACAUGCUGCUUGAGAUGGGUCUGGAUAAGAUGAGAAAAGACUAUAUUAACUACUUAAUUGGUGAGGAAUUGACGACUCUAAACCACUUGUGUUAUUACCUGAGCACAGAGGUUGAUCUGCAGGAGCAAGUGAUCCGACUCAGGAAACUGCACCAUCUGCUGGAAAUAACUGUGACCUGCAGCACGUUCCUGGGCUUGCCCUACGAUCGUCUCUUUCUUCUCACGCAAUCAUGUUUGCAGCACUACAGAACAUCACCUUAUGAUGAAGAGCAUGAAUUCAAACUCCAAAUCAAACCUGCGCUGAUCAGUCAUUUCUACCAAAAAGAGCACCCAGUAGUGUGGGGGGUUGAGUUGUCCAGUGGCCACGGUUCCCGUGAGGUCAGGACCUCCUUACAGCUUAGCGACAGACCACUGGUUGAUCAUGUCAUCUUUGAAACAGACUUCCCAAAUGAAACCGUGAACGGGGACAGUGAGGAUCCUGCUUUCUUCUCCACCGUGGUGUGCUGCAGCCUCGUCAACUUUGCCUGAAUUUACAAAGCGUGCGACUAACCAACCAAAGAGGUGUUCUCAUGUUUUAUAUUCUGAUUGGGAGAUUGAAAAUGGCCACUAUAGGUAUUUCUCACAGUAUAUUUUUGUCAGUGCUUUCAGUAAACACAUUUCAGCCCUUUGUAUAUAUAUUUGGGUUUUCCAGUCACAUCUUUAUUAUCACAUUUUGCUGCUCAAGGAAAGUUGUAUCCAAAUGAAAACACAAAGUAUGCUAGAUCACCUGGGCUGUUUGCAGUGUCAGUAACCCACAGCAGUACUUUAAUAAGAAAACCUGACCCCUGUUCCUUCUAUGCUAAACCAGUCAUUUUUGAGCAAACACUUGACAUAUGUCAAAUUGAUGGAAUCACCAAUUUCAGUUCAGUUCAAAUGAUGUAUUUAUAUUCACACAUAAUCCAAUAAAGAAAUGAUGCACUUACA